GGUGGGUCCGACGGUCAUUGGCUCCAGAACUCCCACGAGGCCACGACUGGUCGACUCCUCCGAGGCUGAGGCUCCCAUGGGCCACUGUUCGAGUUCUACGGCGAGCGACGGCCGCCUGCUGGAUCCAUCGCCGCCAGCAGACGAGCCCCGCUAGGAGGAGGCAACGGAGGCGCGUCGCACAGUGCAUUGUAACAGUGGAAAGUGGGAAACGAUACGUACGUCUCCGUUUAUUCUUGCCCCCACCUCAUCUUGAUACAAAUGCCAUCAGCAGCGGUGAAAAUUGUGAUGCAGUUUUCUUACCAAAUAGCUAAAAAGUUCCCGAGGAAAUCUCCAGCAGCAAGAGUAAUUUGGGUGCGUUUCGUGUACAUUCAUAACUCGGAAGCAGUACUGUAUUUUUUUUAAAUGACAAAUUGUUGAAAGUCUUGCAAUAGAUCAGAAAUUACAUUGCUGCAAGCACUGGCCAUCUCUCUUUAGCAAGUUCUCUUAUUACAGAAGUUAGAAGAAUGAACACCUAGCCCUCUAGGGCUCUAGAGUCUAGACUAUAGUAGGGGUUAGUAUGAACGUAGUAUUUUGAAUUCUUAUAAAUUAUUAAAAUUCCAAAUAACGACAUUGUGUCCUUAAAACUCUGAGCACCAUUUGUCAUACAAGGAGUUUGCAAAGUCAAACUUCAAGUGGACUUUCUAUUUAUCAUAGGGAAAUCUCCCCUCUGAGACAAGUCAAAGUUUCAGCUAUAAUACAUACAAAUCUGCGGUCAGAAUCAGUCCAUUCAGCAACGGAGUACUGCAAGUAGCUAUUGUAAAAUGCAAAGGUGGCUGUGCUGUCUACAUCUGAUCUAACUAUUGGCAUACUUUGAUGCUUACCAUUGACUUCUCUUUCGGGGAAAUCAACCUUGAAGUUUCCACGAAAGUGUUGUAUUUAGUUCAGUCACCAUCAUGACAACUUAAGAACGUAGCAGAUAGAACAUGUGCCAUUGCUCCAAGUAUCCAGACUGUGCACCCUGCCAGAUCUACCUUGUUUCGAAGUUUGCGCAUCUGAGUUUCAGUGAGCAGAUAUCUUCCCUCACAAAAGCACAAAGUCAUGGCCGCCGCCGCCACAAUCAUGUUCGCUGGGAAGUUGGCCGGGAGCUCGGUGGCAAAUGCAACCAUCUCCUUUUGGAUCAACAAAGCUUUCACCUGCCUGACUGACUACUGGAAGGCUGAUGGCUUGGAAGAUGUCAAGGGUAGGGUGCUGCAGUCAGUGAAGAAGGUCCAGGUUGUAUUUGAUAUCGUUGACCCUGAAUACAUCAAGGAACAAAGCUCUGCCCUUGAUCUUUGGCUGUGGCAGUUCAGGGAUGCAGUUGAGGAGGCAGAGGAUGUUAUAGAUGAGCUUCACUACGAUGAGCUUAGAGAGAAGGCAAAGGAUCAUAAGGUCAGUGACUGGGGCUCCUCUUCUGCUAAACUGAAGCAUAAGUUUGUCAAGUCCGUUAAACAUGCUGGUGUCAUGGGUAAGACUGUGAAAGAAUUUACUCACCGUGGCACACUCAAGAGGCUGAGGAAAGUCUUGGAGGGAUUAGAAAAGGCAGCCACCGAAAUUGUGGCUAUCCUCACAGUCACACAACAUCUCAAAGACAUUGGUUCAGGUAGUAAAAGGCAGGUGAAUUUUGUGAUCAAGGAUCAUGACACUGGUUCAACAUUAACUGAACCUUACUUUGUUGGACGAGAAGAGGAGAAACAAAAGAUUGUGCAAUGGCUGAUUGAGGCGCCAGUGGAAGCAUCUGAAAUUGUGAGGAGUACUCACCAUGUUCCUAUUCUCUCGUUAGUUGGCCAUGGUGGAAUGGGGAAGACUACAUUAGCUCAAUAUGUAUGUGAAGAGGCUGAAGUUGUCAAUGAUUUCAAGGUUAUAUGGGUCCAUGUUUCUACUAGAUUUAGUGCAACUUCCGUGACAAGUAAACUGCUGGAAUCCGUCACAGGGGUAAAACCUUGUGCAGAUCAUUUAGAGACGCUUCAGCAGAUGCUCAAACAAGAACUCAGGUCUGUAAAGUUUUUCCUUAUUUUGGAUGAUGUCUGGGAAGAUGAGAAUAAAAAGGAAUGGGAAAAUGUAUUCGCUCCACUAAGGAAAGCAAAGAGUGGGAGCAAAAUUUUAGUAACAACCAGAAUGCAGUCAGUAGCAGAUAUGGCUGCAAAUGCCAUGGGGGUUGAAAGAGAAUACCUGGAAUUAGAAGGGCUGCAAGAAGAUGAAAAUCUUAAAUUAUUCAAUCAUCAUGUAUAUUCUGGUAGGAAUCCACAAGAUUUUGAAAAUUUAAAACCCAUAGGUGAACAUCUUGUAAAACAACUUGGAGGAUGUCCCUUGGUAACAAAGGUUGUCAGCGGUUAUUUGCAGUGCAAUAUGGAUCCUGACAGCUGGACCGAUUUCUUACAAGAAGGCCUUGUACAUUUUAAUGGAAGUGAAGAUUAUGUAAUGGAAACUUUGAGAUUAAGCUAUUAUUGCCUACCGGCACAGGUCCAGAUUUGCUUUCGAUAUUGCAGCAUAUUUCCGCAGAACUAUGAAUUUAAAAAGAAAGAUUUAGUGUUGAUGUGGAUGGGUUCAGGAUUGAUAUCACAACAUGGAAACAAACCAAGAAGGAUUGAGAAUAUUGGGUAUCAGAUCUUGGCUGAGUUAACUAGGAAGUCAUUCUUUGAAAUGAAAUUCAAGGUACUUCAGUAUAGUCAGAGAAGAGAAGAAUAUUACGUCAUGCAUGACCUGAUGCAUGAACUGGCACAAUAUGUUUCUGCUGGCGAAUGCUCAACAUUAAUUGAUCCCGUCAUGUUGGAAAAUGAGAGUGAAAAUAUUCGACACUUGCGUAUUGCUUGUGUUGACAAGUUUUCUGCUGAAGAGGUCAAGAAAAUCACACGUUUUAAGAAUCUGCGCACUGCUAUUAUUGAUGGUCCAGGUUUGAUUGACAACGAUAUGGCAGUCAUGGUUGAGAAUGUUAUACAAAAAUCAAAAUCCUUGCGUCUACUGCGAUCAAAUCUGGAGAACACAUUCCAUCUUCCUAAACUUGCUGAUUUAAAGCAUCUUCGUUAUGUCUAUCUGCAUAGGAUAUCACUUGAGGGAAUGCGUGGGCUUGUUAAACUUCAUCACUUACAGCUAGUUGAUUGUUUGAAUGAUUGUGGGGAGGAACUAAGGCAAGUGAUGUGUUUGGGGAACAUUGAUCAUCUGCGAUAUGUAAAUUAUGGGUCGCGUAGAAUUGGUGAGUUUCCAAUUGGUAGACUCACUUCACUUCAGGAGCUGCACAACUAUCGGGUACAGGGAGGUGAAGGUAACAAAAUAAGUGAUAUCAAGAACCUGGGUGCUCUUCGCGAACUAGAUGUUUUCAGCAUUGAGAAUGUUGAAAGUCUUGAAGAAGCUGAUAAUGCCAAGUUAAAAGAAAAACCAUAUCUCAACUCUCUAUCUCUCAUGUGGUCAGCACGUGCUGAUGCGAAAAAUGGGAAAGAUGAUUUGAUUCUUGAUCAUCUUGAGCCACAUGCCCACAUUCGAAACCUGAAUAUUUCUGGUUAUUGUGGUGCAAGGCCUCCUAUUUGGAUUGAAAAUCUCCAUGUGAAGAACCUGGUGUCACUUGAGUUAGCAAGAUGCAUGUAUUGGGAACAGCUGCCUUCACUCGGAGAAUUAGAAUGUCUUAAGAAACUUUUGUUGGAGUGCCUUCCUAGCCUACAACAGAUUGGUCAACCAUCUCAACUUUCCAACAUUAGCUGUAUUGGUUCAUACCUUCCUCCACAUCUUGACACAUUGAUUAUAAGACAUUGCAAAGAACUGAAGCAGAUCCCUAUCCUACCACCCUGCUUGGUUCAUUUGGAAAUAUGUAGGGUUGGGUUGACCGAAUUCCCAAGUAUAGGCAAUAUACAUGGUGAGAGUAUCGAAAGCAGGCCAUCUAAAAUGCAGUUUGUCAGUGUUGAAGAAUGUGAAAGUCUGACCUUACCUAAAGGAAGCCCUCUGUUGCAAAUACACUACAUCAGAACAAUCCAUGUCCUACACAUUAGUGACUGUAAAGAACUGGAAUCUGCUCCCCUGUUCGAUGAAAUGAGAAACCUUAGAGAGCUCAGCAUCAUAAAUUGCCCUAAGCUGAGGGCAUCAAGCGAAACUGAAGGCAAGAACCUGUCACCAUCACUAAAGAAUCUUAUAAUCAAGCAGUGUGGUGAUCUAGUGCAUUUUCUUAUUAAGUCACUACAUGGUCUCGUUAACCUUUCAGAGCUGGUACUAGAAAAUUGCCCCGGCCUUCUAUCCCUUCCGUCAGCUGAUGUGUUCAAGAGUCUCAAGUCGCUGAAGUUCUUGGAGGUAAUUGGGUGUGAGAAUCUUUCGUCAUUUGGUGGACUCAGUUCCCUUUGUUCCCUUGUUACACUGAAGAUUAGCUCCUGCAGUAAGCUUGCAGCUCCACCUGUACUGGGUGGUGCUGCGUCUGGUCCUGCUAAUUAUGAUGAUGAUGUUAUAGAAGAAGAGAAUAUGGUGUUGCCUGUUAAUUCCUUGCAGAUCGACUAUCUUGAAGUUGAUCUCCCAUGUGUAUUGAACAUUGAACCUCUCAGUAGACUUUGCCACACCAAAGGAUUGGUAAUUGGAGGCGGGACACAGAUGGUGAGCUUGCCAGAGCAAUGGCUUCUACAGAACCACAAAGAACUGCAGUCACUAAAGGUGUUAUGUGCCAGUUCAUUGGAGUCUCUGCCACCAAGUAUGCGAGCCCUGAGAGCGCUCAACUUCUUCUUGUUGUCAGGAGCUGGGAAACUUACAUCACUUCCAGACAUGCCCUCCUCCCUACAAUGGCUCCAUGUCAUAGGCUGCUGUCCAGAGCUGGUGACCCAGAUUAGAGUGAAGGACAACCCUGAAUGGAGAAAGAUCUCCACAGUUCCCAAGGUGCACAUAGCUGCUGCCAAGACUGUCCACUCUUCUCCUCAUACUUUUCAUGGUGGUUAUUGCUUCAUGUAUGGAAAAGAGUGCAGUGAAGAGACAAUAUAUGAAGUAACCAAUAACCAUUGAAUUAUAAGCUUGAUCCACUCCGUGUAAUUCAAAUAUGGGGUAACUAUUGUUGUUCUUGCUAAUGUGUUUACUAGAUUCUUCUUAUACGAUAGCUCUGGUACUUUACACUCUUUACUAUAUUCUUCUUGCUAAUGUGUUUACUAGAUUGUGCACGAUAGCAUAUUGAGGUUGUAGCUAUUCCUUUGUUUUAUUUAAAUAAAUGUCUGGUCUGUGUAACAAGGUAUUUACACA